CCGCCGCAACAAUAAAGCGGGGCGGCGCCGUGGGCGGAGUGAGGCCGGGAGAACGGAGCCCCGAAAAGUAACGGGCCGGGAGCGGCCCCCGCGGUGGGAAGGGAACGUGGACGUGGUCGGGGGAAGCCGGGGCAGGUGGCGGGAGGCGGCGCGCAGCCCGCGGGAGCGGGCGGGGGGGUCGGCCGAAGGGUGGGCCCCCCCGGGUCCGUUGCAUCGUAGAGGGCCUGGCCGGAGCCACCCGAGGAGGAAAGAUUGUAGCGUUUGGCUCGCUGAGGCCGCGUCUGGCCGACCCACGCGUGGGCGGCCAGCCGGGAGCCGCGGGCGGUGGUGGGGAGCCGGGGCUGGUGCCCCGGGCUGGGGGAGCUGUGGCUGCCAGGCAGCUGCUGCAGGGGACACGGAGCUCCGGCGCCUCGGGCGGGGAGCCGGCAGAUUUUUGGGCUCUCUCUGGGGAGGAGCGCGGGAGUUGGCGAGGCCCGGGCAGCGCUGCGUUUUGUUAGGAUCCCAGCCGGGAAGGACUGCGCGCUGGGCAGCCCUCUGUGGAAGCAAGCAAGCAAGCGCUCUCGGGUUUCCCGUGGGUGAGCUGCCUUCAGCCUUGGGAAAGGUUAUGCUUCUCAGGACAAAGGGAGGACCUGGAAUUUUGAGAGCUUCUUCUAAGGAGCUCUAAGGACGGACUUCCUUCAGUGGAUAAGGACGGAGCCCUCUCUUUCACUCAGCUGUGUCUGUGUCACGCCGGCAGUGUAAAGGGAGCGGGUACCCCUGACCCUCUCCACAGGGAUGUGCUUGGUGUGGUGCAUCCGUGCGGAGAGCUGCCUUUGUCCCUUUUCGCCUCAUAGCCCUCGGUGGAAUAGAUUACAGGGCGGUCGGCGGGAGGAAAGGUGAAUAGGAGACUCUCACUUUUAUGGUGGUCUCCUGAAAGCUGAAACCAACCAUUGGAGUUUAAGAGGAGGUUUGAGGCAGCUCUAGACUCAUUCCGAGUGGAGAUUCUGAAAAAUGGAGCUGGUGCCCGAAGAAUUCCCACUCUGCUUCUAGCAGCAGGUGCUGCCUCCAGAUGGCUUCACGUGGUUUUACUUACAGGUGUGUCCAGUGUUUGUAAAAGGAGCAGCACUUCAGCCAAAGCUCCCAUAAAUCAAACUCUGAUUUUCUGAGAGAGACAAGAGGAGGUUCUUAACAUGAAUAUUUAUCCUGUGUGUUUCACAGCAUCAUUUCAGAAGUAGAUGACAACCAUGUGCAAACACCAAUACAAGGAGAACGCUAGGCCAGCAGUUCCCUUGCAGAGUAAGGCCUUCCUGCAUCCAGAGAGCAUCCCUUGUGUAUAUAUGUAUGUAUAUUCACACACAUACUUCUAAAGAAUACUGUUCCCUUAAUGCUUCUGAGCAGAAACACCUGUAUUUGAUGAAGAAAGGCCAGUGUUCUCCCAUGCCACUCAUUGAAUGACACAACAAACCCCAUCUCUCUGCUUAGGACAGAGAGAUAGUCAUGGUGGCACAACCACGAGCAGGAAAAAAUAAUUAUUUUUCCAUCUUGCCGUGUUUAAGAAUAACCAUCUCCCAAACUGAACAAUAGCGAGUGAACAGCUUAGUGAGAAAGGACAGUAUCUCUUCAACACAGUUGUUUCCAAGAGGAUAACAUCUUUCUCUUUGAAUCCUGACCAAUAGCAUUUCACAUGCCUGGGUUUUCCCAUGCACUUUGAAAAGGUGGCUUUUCCCCUUGUUUCUCACUCUGUUGGCCUGGGAAAGUGUUGACCAUGACAAUGUCCCCGGCCUAGGAAGGAGGACUCCUUCUCCUUUUUUCAUCUUCCCAUAUGUCUGCUCUGAGACAGCAUAUCUGACUGGACACCACGUAGAAAAGCCACAAUGGCUGAUCCUCCUUUGCUGCUCACUUCUCUCUUCUGUGCCCCGUAUCAGUGCUGGUUGCCCACUCAGACACACUUGCAUUGUUCAGGGCCACCAGCAGCUCCAGGGCGGCAGUCUGCAACUCUUCCUCUCCUAGUGCCUUCCCCGUGGUCAACAACCACUGAAAUGUCUGCAGCGAACUCUGCACUUGGGUAUCUUGUAGCCUCAGGAGGAGAUCCUGAAUGUCACUGGUGGGCAGCUGUCCCCGCUGCUGGCCACCUCCUGUCACCUGCGUGGCGUGUGGGUCAGAAGGAUUUAGUUGCAUGUUCCUCAACUCGGGUAAGGAGGUGGGGAUCACUGCUACUUCUGUGUCAGGGAUGGAGUGGGCUGGCUGGGCAGUUGUGGGAGAUGUGGGAAAAAGGAGCUGGGGACCGAAGAUGCCGGACGACAUGGCAUCACUGCUCAUGGUCAUGUUGAUGAAGGCGUGUGUCCGUCCCAGAUCAGCUUUGGUCUCUCCUGGGCAUGCAGCCCUCUGUGGAGGAGAAAACGCACCUCUGUAGAGGCGGUGGGCUUCAAGAGCAGUCACCUAGUCACAUCCCUGUUCUGUGGGGUUAGCACUCACUGCACAGCCCCAUCUAUCCCACUCCCUACAAAGAUGAGCCUGGGAAAGGAAAGAAACCUACUUCUCUCCUUGUCAAGUCUCCUCAUAAGUCUCUCCUUGUGACUCCCAGUUGUCUUUCCUUCUCUUCUAGCCUGCAGGAAUCACCCUUUCUUCUGCAGUAACCUAGAUUGUCUCAGCUUGGUUGGGAAUGAGAGCUGGAGAUAAAGGCUGAGGUGGUCCUCAGAGGUUCAUUUUCUUCAAGAAUACUUUCCACAAAGUCUUCUUUUUGGCAAGUGGCUGCAGGUGCCAUCUGUGUAAGCUUGUCAGCUUGGUGUGAGUGUCCCUGGAAGGUGGGCUCUUUCCUAUCUUCCCUAUCUUUUAGCUUCCUAUUUUCCCACUUCCUCAUUUUCAAGGCUCUCCCUUUUGCCCGGUCAUUGCCCAGAGCACACCAUGGUCUUCAGGAAGCAGCUAAAUAACUCACCUUAAUGAAAUACUUUUUGAUAGUACAGCGAUAAAAGGAAAAGGCACAGAAGUCGGGGAAGAAAUGAGUUCCUGGCAGUUCAGAGCAUAUGGGUCCUAAAAACAGUCAAAUAAAGACAGAGACUCAGUGAUCAACUCCAGUGCUGGGGUCCCACCAGCCCUCACAAUAACCUCACUGUCUAAGGAUAUCUCUCCAUGAAAACCCUUGUGUCAUUUGGGCGGCUCCCUGAACCUUGAUGAAAAACUUGGUUAUCUCCAUGACCCAAGGUGUGAGAGGAGGCUGGUCCCAGGGACACAUUUGGAUGCAAUCGAGUGUGAGAGAGGAUGCUCACGAGCUCUCCUCCUCACUGCAGGAUCACUACCCACCCCUCUCCCCCACCAGCUCAUGAGUCUCUGUCCCCUCCCAGCAAUCAGGUCCAGCAUGCAGGACCCCCAUCCAUCUGUCUGUGCUUGGGAGUCACGGUCAGCUUUACCCUCAGGGAUGACUCCAUGGUUUUCGUACUUGUCCAGCAUCUGGACCAGGGGAUUCUGGCAGCCGUACAGUGCACGGAGGAGGCAGGCAGUGCUGGCACGGCGGGCGGCCCGGAGGGACCUGAAGAACUGGCGGUACUCCUGGUUGGAGAGUGGUGUUCCGAGCUGCUGCGCCUUCACACCCCGGGGGUCGGCUUUGCAGCUGCAACCAAAGAGCACUGGUGAAAAAUAAAAUGCAGGGAGUCAGAGGGAGAAGGAAAUGCUAACCAUGGCAUGCUCAGAAGAGCUGCAGGGCUGAACGCAGAUCUCUGUUGCCUUCUCUGCAUGCAAGGUACAGCAUAUGGGAAGUGCGGUAACGGGCUUAAGAAGGGGAGGUCUAGAUCUGGGGAAAACCUGCUCUGCCCAUGUUGAAAGGACCGUAGUAUUCUGGGACAGUACAUGGCUGAGGGACCUUUGCCAAAGCUCUGGAGGUUCAAAUCUUGAACUGGCAGAAACAUCUUGGAAGUCAUGGCUGAAAGUGGGAAUGUAGCUCUGCUGUUGGGGCUGGAGGAAGGAGACUGUUUCCUUUCAAGAUUUUAGCCUCUGCAAAUUCUCCUCCUCUGGGUUAGUGAGUCUAGACCCCUUAAGUUAAUGGAGCAUGCCCCAGUGGACACGUGUAUGCCUUUACAAUGGUCCAAGCGUUCACUGAACCCUUAUGGAAAACUUAAAGCCAGUUCUUCACUGUAAAGAACAUUACGAAAGCCUGUGAAAUCAAACCUUUGGAGGUUAGAUGUGCCCAAAUAAAAGCUUCAUGUACAAUCUUAAUUUCAUCUCCUCUUGCAUAUGCUUUUUAUACAUUAUUUAAGUACACAGCAACCUACUCUUCUAAAAACUUGGCAGCUCAUUCAGUGUAGAGACUGGACCUGCUCUGACAGGGAAUCGGUUUCCCAGGUUAGGCACUUACUAUAUUCAGGACAUCUGCUUCAUUUCCCACAGCCUUGGAAGGUGUAUGGAAGAAUGAGUCAGGAAGAUGCUGGAAGGGCAAGGGUAGUUUUGUGGAUACUCUCCAAGAAGUAGGUUUUAUUCCUGGCUGCACCAGAGUCUCCUGUGCGAUGCUAGGCAAGUACUGGGUUUCUUAGUGUGUUAUUAAUGGCAUUUUCCUUACCUUGUGGGUUGGCAUUUAUAGGAAGACUGAGCUCUCUUGCCGUUUUGGAGUCUGCAUGUGGUGGAUUUUGAAUGGCAAAUAAGUUCUACAUUAGCAUAUGUACUCUGAGAAGACAGGGCUGAGAUAUCUCAAACUGAGAUUCUAAAAGUAGUGGAGUUUUUUUUACUUUAAUCCCUCUCUGCCCUCAUUUUGCUGUUUGCAAAAUCACUAUAAACCAGUUAAUAGCUGUGAAGCUGUAAAACAUAGAGUAUGUAAAAAGUUCCUGAACAAAUGAGUCAUUCUGUCUAUAUCAGAGUUCAAAUGGGAUCAGUAAAUAAAUGAGUCAAACACUAAAAAAUAAGGGUGACAUAACAUACUGAAUAGCUGCUCAUUAGAAAAGCAGUGUCCAUCCAGGUACUAAAGAAGCCAAAACCCAUGUGAAAACAGUGAAGGCAGGUGAUUAAAGAGCUGGGUUACUACAUCCAUGUACAGGGGAAGCAAAUCUAGGGUUGCAAAAUGACUGUGAUUCAAGCAAGCUCCAAGUUUGACUUUGCAAUCUCUGUCAUAGUCUCUUAACCUGUGAUGACUUUUUUUUUUUUUUUUUUUGGUAAAAGCUUAAAAACUUCCUCAUGGCCUACAUCUUACUAACAUCUAUGCCAUCUUAUUAAUGCUUAUGUGUCUGUAGGUGCAGCAGUAUCAAAUAAAAACAUUUAGUGUUUCCCCCUGAGAGGACAGCGGGGAUUAUCGAGCACUUGGUGAGGCAGUAGGAGAGGAAAGCAUCACACUUUGCCAGGUGACUGUGGAGGGGUUUGCAGAAAGCAGGCGAACUAGGAGACUGAGGGAUACAGGACCCCUCCAUGGUCUCCUGCUAGGAUGUGUCCAAAGCACCCUGGCCUUUCUAUCCAUUUCUUCCAGCUAUAUCCCCUUCUGUUUGUCUUUACCAAGGUUCUUUCUCGGGCCUCUUUCUCCUGUCCCCACUGUCACUUCCCCUGGCCAGCUCUUCCCUCCACAUCUCUGCCUUUGUGCUUGUGUGUGGUUUACACGCCCAGCUGUCCCCAUCACCGCACCUCCAGUCUCCUCCUCUGCUCCUGCCUCUGCCUGCUGCCAGCUCCAAGUCCUCCUCCCUGGCUCCUAGGUCACUCUGGCCCUCCUUGAUGAAUAAAACACCAACUCCAGUGGGUGAAGACUGGCAAAAUGUUAAGCACGUGAAGUCUUUGCCCCUGAGGUAUUCGAGGGUGCUCCUGUCUCUUUCUCUCACCUCCCAAAUUGCCAAACUGAGGAGUGAUGGGGAGAGGUGAAGAGCAGCUGGGUCGCCCGCCCUUUCUUGCAACUUGACUUACUACUCACCAGACAAAACCAGACAAGCCCACGUGGCCGACAUCAUGCCAUGAGUGGUGCCUGUACCAGCCGGGGGGGCCCCUGUGCUGCUGGAGGCGUCACCUCCGCUGCUUUGCCCGCUGCCUGCGUCCUCCUCCUGUCCCUCCGGCUUCACCCAGGAGAGCUGGGGAGGCGACGUGGCUGGUGGUGUCACAGACGCCUCUGUUCCUACCGUUCCUUCCAUCGCCGUCCCCGCUUCCUCCUGCCCACGCCUCCCCCCUGCCUCCCCUCCCGCCUGGCCGCCGGGCCCGCACGCUGCCUGGCGCUGGGUUUGUGUGGGGGGAGGCAGCGGCGGCCGCCUGCCUGAGGCUGAGUUGGGACACAGGCCACCUCCUGCGGCAGCGGGGUCUGCCCUCCUCCUCGCUGUGCCACUGGGUACGAAAAGUCCUCACAGAAGUUGUUUGGUUUCUCUGGGUUCACACCCAUGGUAGCAUUCUGUUCUCCGUGCCUCUCCCGUCUCCCCGAGACUCAUGUUCCGAGUGGUGGCUCACCCGCUCCUGGCCAGCCAUGUCCUUCGUGGGGCAGCCCCUUUGGAGCCGCUCUCUGUCCUCACAGGAGCUCGGUGCAGCCCAUUGCCUUCCCACUCUGCAGAUCACCUCUCUCGUUCCUUACUCGGCCUCGUAAGGACCAGGUUACCUCAUCAGCCAGGACUCCGCUUGGGGACUCGGCUUUGUCCAAACAUGGUUGCUCUGGAGACCGGCGCCUUGUCCCCUGUCUGGUGCUCGGUGGCGUUUCAGAUCUCCCAUCUUGUUGAGGGACAGAUCUUUACUACCCAUCACACAACUUGCUUUUCUGCCAUACCCCACAACCUGCCUAGCUCUGCCCAGCAUCAGCUGUCUUCCUGAAUCUGCUUUCUGCCUUCCCUAGGUGCUCACCCACCGUUUUAGGGUGCGUGUUGACCGUGUGUUCGCAGCAGCUGUUGAAUGACAGCAGGAAGGGACUGAACCAGAAGGAUGUUUCUUUCCUCCUAGAAUCAGGAUGAUGGUUCAGCAGGGUCAGGCUUACUCACAGAGUGGCACUGCCUCGUAGGUGGAUGGGGGUUAUAUGAGGAGGGAGACCUCAGCUUCCUUGCCUCUUAUUGGGAUCAAAGCCUGGAGCCGCUGCCUGCUGCUGGGAGGAGUGGAAACACCCUCUCCCCAAGGGGUGAUCCCCAUCGAAUCCACUGUGGAGAAGGCGACGUGGAGAAGGAAUGAUGUGACUCCAGGCUGAGGCAGAGCCACCAAAAUGUCAGCUCUCCAUUUUAUCAGGGGCUUUCUUUUUUCCUGAUGGCGUUAUGUAGGUGGGGAAGUCUUCCCUCAGUCCUCGGGAGGGUCUGGCAACUAUCACAAUAUUCUCCUCUGGUACACCACGGAGCAGCCAGUUCAGUAUGUUUCUGAUUUUGAAAGGAAAACAUGCUGGUUUACAUUAUUUUUUCUUACAAACACCCAGUCAUGAGUAAUUUUACACUUGUUCCAGGUGGCACAGUGGGAAUCCACGUGACCAAAAUGGUGCAACACCAUUGCAGAGCUGGCAUUCAUAUAUGCAGUUUUUAAACUUUUUUUUUCUGCAAACUGUACAUUUUUAGGAUGUCACUGAGCUCUCAGCAUCUUAAAAUGCCUCUGUACAAUUACCACUGCACAAAUGUAGUGCUAAAGCUAAAUGGGUGACCUAAUUUUCUAUCCCACAAACCCCACUCCUGCUCAGCGUACUUCUGCUCUGAAAAGAGAUCCUUGAAAAGUGGGAUUGCGUGUUGGCGGACUAAAUCAUCUCGGUGUUCCUGCGUAAACAGGUAUGUGUGACUGUUUUUCUGCUCACUGCCAGCCCUGUAAAAUCCAUCUGGAACCAGUCAGCUGAAUUGCCAUUUUUUUCUGUAGCACCGGACAGGAAAUUCUGCGUUUGGACUGCUCCUGUUGAUAAUGUGUGAGCAGACCAAAAUCCCUUCUCUCACCCAGACCGGUGUGUGCCUGGCUGAGCUACUGAGAGCAACCAAGCGAAAUACCCCUUCAGUUAAGGCAAUAAACAGGACACCGGACAGACACGGAAAGCAGCCCAGUUGUGAAGGUGGCAUUUUUCCUCUGCCUGCAGAACAGAACUGCAUUAACUACAUUAUGUUCUCAUUUAGUUCACUGGGAAGAAAGAUGAUGGAGAGAAAAUGGUUUGAGGAGUCGGUAUUUUUCUUAUACAAAACUCAGUAAGAGGCAUUUUUGGUCUGGAAGUGCAGCAGGAGGAACAUCCAGACGCUUGUGAGAAGGCAGCAAGCUGGCAGGCAGUUCUCUGCAGCAAGUGUAGCCGAACCCAUGUUCGCUACGUGAGCUGGCCACGGUUACUGGACCUGAACAGCAGUGUCACAGUGUGCGUGGCAGAACAGACAGUGACCCUGACUCAUGUUUCUGGGUGUCAUUUUCCUCUGGUCUAGGUUGCUUUCAUCUCCUAAAUACUUACCCUCCUGUAAUCUCACUCUACAGCACCACUACUAUGAUGGGUAUUUAUUACAUCUAUUUUUUUUCCUCUGAUCAGUAUCUGCAAUCCUGACUUGGCUUGAACCUCCUGGAUGGAGUGAAGAGAAAGAGCUUUGUGGCCAGAAGCAGCUAAACACCGAGACAGUAGAGAGAUUGAUCACAAGCCCUGAGUGUCGUAAACAAAACUUUGGGGAUCGGUAUAACCUGUGCAGUGGUGUCUUCCAAAACGUGCAGAUCACCAGAAACAAAACCCGAGGGGUUUAUCCUGCUGCAUUCACCUCUUAUUCUGACCUCCCACACGUAGAGGAUGAUGUCAACUGUGCAAGCAGUGCCAUCCAGCUGAUCAGCUUACCUCAUGCUGCAGCAUCCAUUUCCAAGGUGACAGGACCAUGGGCGACACACAGAAGGGCAAGCUUCACCAGGAAAGUCCUGUGAGAGCUGAACUGCAUCUGUUCUCCUCCAGAAAGCUCACAAGAGAUACCCUCCAGGAUGCCGAUCAAAGACAGGACCACAAGAAGGAGCUGGAGACAGAAAGCGAGGUGGAGACAUCUUUUGGGAAGAGGUGGGGAAUGGUAACUCCUUGUGGGAUGGAAGUCUGGGAGUGCGAGGACAGUGGUAGAGCCCACAUCAGCAAGGUUGUCCUUGCUGGGGACAAGCCAGAUCCACCCAUGUGUGGGAAUGGCGCCAUUUGGAUUCAGCAGGUGGGAGAGAAAACCUACGAGUGUCCCGAGUGUGGGAAGAGCUUCAGCCGGAGCUCGUACCUGAGCCAGCACCAAAGGAUCCACCUGGCAGAGAAACCCUUCAGGUGCUCCGAAUGUGGGAAGAGUUUCACCCGCAAUUCGGACCUGAUCAAACACCAGCGGAUCCACACCGGUGAGAAGCCCUACCAGUGCAACGAGUGCAAGAAGACCUUCAGCCAGAGGUCCAACGUGAUCAGGCACCAGCGGACCCACACGGGAGAGAGACACUACCGGUGCAACGAAUGCGGGAAGAGCUUCAGCCAGAACUCGCAUCUCAUCGUCCACCAGCGAAGCCACAAGGGUGAGAAACCCUUUAAUUGCCCCCGGUGUGAGAAAAGCUUCAGCGACCGCUCCUCCCUGAUCAUACACCGGAGAGUCCACACUGGAGAGAAGCCUCACAAGUGCCAGGAGUGCGGGAAGCGUUUCCGGGACAGCUCGGCCAUCAUUCGGCAUCAGAGAAUCCACACGGGAGAGAAACCGUACGAGUGCACCGAGUGCGGGAAAACCUUCCGGCAGAGCUCCUCGCUGGUGACCCACAUGCGAACGCACACGGGUGAGAAGCCCUACAAGUGCCCCGUGUGCGGGAAGGGCUUUAGCCAGAGCUCGGCGCUCACCACCCAUCGCCGGAUCCACGGGGGGAAGGCCUUGCCCAUGUACCACGGCGGCCUCCUGCCCAACCCCUACCAGUGCGCCGAGUGCGGCCGGAGGUGCAGCGACCGCUCCACCCUGGCCAAGCACCAGACCACGCACGCCGAGGAACGGCCCUACAUCUGCGUGGAGUGCGGGGACAGCUUUCGGCGGAGCUCGGCUCUCAACGUGCACCUGAGGAUCCACCGCGGGGAGAGACCCUACAAGUGUGAGGAGUGCGGAAAAACGUUCAGGCACAGCUCAGCCCUCGGUGCCCACCUGAGGAUCCACGCAGGAGCCAAGCCCUACGAGUGCGGCGAGUGUGGGAAGAGCUUCCGGAAAAACUCGACGCUUAAAGUGCAUUUGAAAAUCCACGCGGCCAAGAAACCUUAUAAAUGCACGGUGGGUACGAGGACACUCACUUCCCGCUCACUUCUGCCAUAGGGCUGGAGCGGAUGUUUGGAGCAGGAAGCAAAAGCAAUGUUUGGGGGUACCUGUAAAAGGUGGGUGAUGAUGACCACGGUGGGAAAAGACUGACUAGAGACGCGGUAACUCGGGUGUCAGGGCUGGGUGUUUAACCCCAGCGACACAAAGAACCUUUAGGAGGUCUGGAAGCAGGGAGUUAGUCCUAAGAGCCGAGCACUGGUGGUUUAGGAAGGGUGCUGAGAGCCUAGGGAACGGGCACCAGCUUCUGGGUAAGUUGGGGUCUGGGACUAUGUGGUAGAAUAACAACUGGGAGAAUCAAGCUUGUAAAGUAACUUUACAGCUAAAGCGAAGGUCAAAACUUCCAGGUUGGUUCUGACUCAAAACUUUGGCUUGUUAAGACACUGUAGUAGUCUUAGGAACUCUCUUUUCAUUACCUUCCCUUAUUUUUCAUCAAUGUAGUAAGUUUACCCAGUGUUUGACAAGGUGCUUCUGAAUCUAUUGAGUCUAAGACUUUGGAGAUGAACUUCAAUCUAUGUGUCUUUCCUUCUUUUUUCCCAAAUCUUACAUGGGACGAUGAAUUCCUACCUCUACACACAAAGCCUGAGUGACAGGGUAGCUGCGUUAUGCAAAGCUGUCAUGGCUCUUCCCAGAAAACAGGGAUGCUCAAGCAUUUCCAGUUGGAACACUGCCCGUUACUAGUCUGGGGCACCUUCUCCCAAAUUUGUCCUUGCUGGUUUGAAACACCUUCCAACCUGGGACAUCAAAAAAAAAAAAAACAUGGGCAAAAACGUGGCCUUACCUUAUUUAACCAAAAAAUGUGUUUCCCCACCCCAGAUGUCUUAGUCUGAACUGGUACACGAUGAGUUCCUCCUGGUUGUCUGGAGACGGUUUGCAGUUUUGUAGCAGAGUACUCUUCUUUAGCCCACUAUUGUUUGUAAAGUAUUAACAUACAAAGUCCAGCGUUAACAGUUAGGAAUUGCUAUAUUUGCAUUUAUUACCACGCUAAUGAUUGUGUAUUACAUAAACCUCCUCUAUAUUGCUAUGUUUUAUUACUAGCUAUGUGUUUCCAUCCUAAAUAAAACGUGGCGGGGUUUUU